AUAUCUGAUUAAAAUAUAUACAUUCAUUAAACAUAAAAUACUGAAAUGGAAAAGGUGACAUCAUAUAUUUACAUUGGGUUAACAUUAGAUUCUUCGGCUGUGACAAUAGAAAACGCUUGCUUGUUUAUAUCCACAUAUUAGCCUGUGUGUGUAUGGCGGGCAUUGAUAAUUUGUAAGCAUGUCCCCUUCACACAUGCAUAGACUCGCCAUUGUCGAAGUUGAUCUGAAUGACUGAAGCAGCAUUACGUCUGAAAUCUAAUCAGAUCCCCUUAAGUAGAUAACAAGCGUGUCUCCGGCAUUUACAGUAGUGAGAAAGGCGAAGUGAAACCAGGACAAUUCUCUUGUCACACAAAAAACAGUGCAGUGCUAGUGUGCGCCAGCGGUCCCAACAUGGCAUCCCUUCUCCUAUCGCUGUAGUGACAGAAAUAUGUUGAUUGGCCCAACAACUGGCAUCUUGUUUGGGAUGGAUAACCCAAAUAAGAGCCCCCAGUCUGCGCUGACAACCAGAGUAUUGUGAUGUGUAUAUAGGUGGAUGAAUGGUGAAUCAGACUGUGAGCUUACCAAGGGGAAUGCAAUGUUUUUAGGAGGAAAUGGACAGAGCAGGUUUCUAUAUUGUUUAGUAUUAUAGUGAGAAGUAUGCUAAGAGUUCAUUUGGAAUCAGUCCCCCUAAUGCUACGCUACAUGUGGGCCGAAUAUCAGUGAAACUCAGGUUGAGAGGAUUUGAGAAGAAAGAUUGAAGGAACGACUUGUUAUUGUUUUGAGCUAGAAUAGAUUAGGCUGGGGAAAUUCUAGGAUAUACUAAACGACGCUGUUGAAAAUGUGAGCUUGAAAACUUUAAAAAAAAGAAAAAGGAGAGGGGGAUGGUGAAAAAAAUUAAAGUUAAAAGUUGUAGGAAUGGUCAGAAAUUUACCAGUUACACAAUGAGUGUAUUUUUAUGUAACCUAGUAUAACACACAAAAACAUUAAAUUAGUUAUGGGUUUCUUACCAAUAAGAACAUGGAAAUCUAAUCUUCUGUUAAGGGCCCAACCCAAGGUGCAGAUUUUUGUCUAAUUUUACCUUUUGCUAUUUUUAUUUAGUUCUUAUUUUAACCACCUUUGGCCCCAAUGGUCAAUUUAUAUAGGGUUACUAAGACUAGACUAAUGCUAUUGGAUGUGAUUGUAACAAUACAUGUAUUGUUGGCACCAUUUAGGAUUCUCAAAAUAGUUAGCGGCCAUAAACUAAUAAAGCAACUUAAAGUGCGCUCCAAACUUGAAACUGGAUUAGACAUUUUUAGGUAAGAUGUCCCUAUCUCAAAAUAACUUACUCUGUAUAAAAAAAGAACUCAAAAUAGACAUAUCAGAUGUUUUGAGUACACCAUCUCUAUCAACAGUGAAUGAAUAAAAGGGCCUGGUUAAAAAUGGCAGUAGAAAAGUUAUUUAAAACACCCACUGAAGAACAAGGGUCAAUUGUACUGUCCCAUUAGCCCUGGAGCAGGACACUGAGGACACUGGUAGCUGGGCUGAUUGGUCAGUUCCAGGGAAGAGGGCGGGGCAGAUGAAUUAGUGAUAGAGGCUAAAGGCAGAUAUCCUGCAGUGAUCAAACCAGGGGUGAUCUGAGAGUUUGGUGUUUGAAGUAAUUAUCAAGCUACGCAACAUAAAGGGUCACCUCAGCUUUGGGCCUAAUUAGCUCACUUAGCUGGCCCUUAUAAGGCACUGGUGGGACACAGCGAGGACAGUCACUCACUAAGGACACAGCAUCAGUAGCAGGACGAACUAGGAUCCUAAAAAGUGGCUGCUACAUCCAAAACAAACCCAACCUGAAGAUUACUGCUUUUCUGAGAAUGCCACACUUAACUGACUGCAGUUACUACACCAUGAGGGAUGCAACCAGAGCUUCAAAUGUUCAGAGCCACCUGGAGAGCUCCAAGUUCCAACUGCACCAGAGCCAGUCGCAGCAGGUGAAGCAGUACCUGACGCUGGGCUCCAAAUUAGCCUCUUCCGCCGCCCCAGGACACAGUACCAUGCCUCACCCGCACACUCCCGGACAACCCAUCGCCACCGUGCCCGUCAUGAGGCAACAUCUGGGCUCCGUGAGCGAUGGAAGCAGCCCCAAUAGUCCCGUAACUCUGCUGACGAUGGCAAACCCAGAUGGCGAGUUCCCUAUGGAUGAAGUUAUUGAUGACCUAAUUAGUCUUGAAUCCGGGUUCAAUGAUGGGGGCUUGGAUUGCAUGGAGCCCAACAUCAUAAUGCAAAACAAUGUUUCCCUCAGUAGCAGCAUGCUGGACAUCUAUGGGGGUGAACAAGGUAUGAACCCCCCUAGUGGUGGAAUGAGUCCUACUUCUAACCCCACAAAGCUCACUGUUAAAAGGGAAUACACAGAACACGACACAAGGGUGAUGGCCAAAGAGAGGCAGAAGAAAGACAACCAUAAUUUGAUUGAAAGAAGAAGGCGCUACAACAUCAACUACAGAAUUAAAGAGCUGGGGACUCUUAUACCAAAGUCCAACGACCCGGACAUGCGCUGGAACAAAGGCACGAUCCUGAAGGCCUCGGUGGAGUACAUCAGGUGGUUACAGAAGGAGCAGCAGCACGCCCGAGAGUUGGAGAGCAGGCAGAAGAAACUGGAGCAGGCCAACCGGAGACUUCUGCUCAGAAUCCAGGAGCUUGAAAUCCAGGCCAGAGCGCACGGUCUACCCAACAUGGCUGCUCCAAUGGGCUCUGUGGAGCUGUCGUCCCACCUCCUCAAACAACAACAGCAGCAGCAGCAGCAGCUCUCCCCUCAGGCACAGGCCCCUCCCCAACCCCCCCUCUACCAAGAAGACCCCAACGUUGACUACCUCCAGAGGAUUGCUGUCGUGGCAACUGUCCCGACACUCCCUAACGCCGGAGCACCCCAAGAGCACCCCAUGACCACCGCUGAUGGGUGCACCACGUUCUCUGAUCCGCUGUCCCACUUCACAGACUUCUUCAGUGCCACGCUAAAAGAGGAGCACAGACUUGACGACAUUCUCAUCGACGACCCGCUAUCCCCGUUUGGGACAGACCCGCUCCUGUCGGCAGGGUCGCCAGGUGCAGCGUCCAAAGACAGCAGCAGGAGGAGCAGUUUUAGCUCAGCCGAAGGAGAGGAACUUUAAUGGACAAUAAUACACUGAAAGACUGAGACCUAAACACAUUUUAGUAUUAACAGACGAUCCACUGCCUCCCGAUUGGACUGAAAUGACUUAUGGGAAAAAGGGAGACAAUCACUAGCCUUAAAAUAUUGUCAAUAUUUUGUAUUUUUUAUUUUACUUAUUACAACACUGGGUAGUCAUACACUGUAACAUAUGUAAAUAGUCACUGAAAGUAUUCACUUCCCUUUUCACAGCUGUGCCUUACUCCUAUUUUUAUUUCAAAACCAAGGAACUGUAUUUGAACUAUUUACCGCAAAAUUAACAUGUAUUCUGUGUUUUUCUAUUUAUGUAUGUUUUUAACAACAUUAUACUAAAGUAUAUAUUAUCUAACAUACUUCUCAUGCUAGUAGGGGUGGGAAAACAUAAUAAACCCCUUGUUUCAUAAA